ACCCGGAGAGGCAGGCUGGCUGGGACAUGAGGCUGGCAGCGGGCGGGCAGGCUGGCCCUUGGAGGGGCUCACCCUGAGCAGCCACUCGGAGGCACUCCCACGCGGGAAGCUCGCCAUGCUGCCGUGGGCCCGGCAGGCGCUGCUCACGCUGCUCCUCCCCACGCUGCUGGCACAGGGAGAAGCCCGGCGGCAGGGGAGCCCCCAGGGCCGGAACGCCAGCAGGCCCACGCUGCUGAGGCUGUCUGAUCACCUCUUGGCCAACUACAAGAAGGGGGUGCGGCCCGUGUGGAACUGGAGGAAGCCAACCACUGUGUCCAUUGACGUCAUCGUCUAUGCCAUCCUCAGCGUGGACGAGAAGAACCAGGUCCUGACCACCUACAUCUGGUACCGGCAGCACUGGACUGACGAGUUUCUCCAGUGGAACCCUAAGGACUUCGACAACAUCACCAAGCUGUCCAUCCCCACGGACAGCAUCUGGGUCCCGGACAUCCUCAUCAACGAGUUCGUGGACGUGGGGAAGUCUCCAAAUAUCCCAUACGUGUAUGUUCAGCAUCACGGUGAGGUCCAGAACUACAAGCCCCUCCAGGUGGUGACCGCGUGCAGCCUGGACAUCUACAACUUCCCCUUCGACGUGCAGAACUGCUCGCUGACCUUCACCAGCUGGCUGCACACCAUCCAGGACAUCAACAUCUCCCUGUGGCGCUCACCAGAAAAGGUGAAGUCGGACAAGAGCGUCUUCAUGAACCAGGGCGAGUGGGAGCUGCUGGGAGUGCUGACGCAGUUUCAGGAGUUCAGCAUGGAAAGCAGUGGCCGCUACGCAGAGAUGAAGUUCUACGUGGUCAUCCGCCGGCGGCCUUUGUUCUACGUCGUCGGCCUGCUGCUGCCCAGUAUCUUCCUCAUGGUCAUGGACAUCAUGGGCUUCUACCUGCCCCCGGACAGUGGCGAGAGGGUCUCCUUCAAGAUCACGCUCCUCCUGGGCUACUCAGUCUUCCUGAUCAUUGUGUCCGACACACUGCCGGCCACCGCCAUCGGCACCCCCCUCAUCGGUGUCUACUUCGUGGUGUGCAUGGCGCUGCUGGUGAUAAGCUUGGCCGAGACCAUCUUCAUCGUGCGGCUGGUGCACAAACAAGACCUGCAGCAGCCCGUGCCGGCCUGGCUGCGGCGCCUCGUGCAGGAGAGGAUCGCCCGGCUACCGUGCCUCAGGGAGCAGGCGACUUCCCACAGGCCCCCAGCCGCCUCCCAAGCCACCAAGCCUGAAGAUUGUUCAGCCAUGGGAAACCACUGCGGCCAUUUGGGAAGAUCUCUCAACUUGGAGAAGACCCCAAGGGGCAGAUGCAGCCCUCCCCCGCCCCCAAGAGGGGCCUCGCUGGCCAUGCGUGGGCUGCUGCAGGAACUGUCCUCCAUCCGGCACUUCCUGGAGAAGCGGGAUGAGAUCCGAGAGGUGGCCCGGGACUGGCUACAGGUGGGCUGUGUGCUGGACAAGCUGCUCUUCCGCAUCUACCUGAUGGUGGUGCUGGCCUACAGUGUCACCCUGGUCACACUCUGGUCCAUCUGGCAGUAUUCCUGAGUGGGUACAGCCCAGCAGGGGAGGAAGGUAUGGGGCUGUGUAGGAUGGGGACAGAGGAUUUCUGCUUAGGUCCUCCAAGGCCCAAGAGAUACCAGGGACAUCUUCAAAACACAGAGACAAUCCCAUCCCAUCUCCAGUGAAAAGUCAUCUGAGCAAUCUUGAGCCAGCAUCUGAACCCUUCCCCCCAAAACUUAAUGUUCAAGACCCUUCCAUCCUCUUCCCACCCGACUGCUCAUUAUGGCUUUAAAACAUGCUGUCUUAGAUCAAGAGAAACCUGAGCACUCCUGAACUUCACUCUACUUAUCUACAUAUCAAGCCUAAGUUUCCCCAAAGUCCCUUCUCUGAAUAAGGCACUUUGGAAUUCUGGUCAUCUCCCCCGACUUAGUUUUUAGGUUGAAGGCAAAACCAACUCUCUACUGCAGUAGGGUCUGACAACUCUGCACUAGGUUUGUCCAACCCCUAUGGCUCCUUCUUCACCUCAUCUGUGGCCACUUCCCUGAACACCAUCCAUAGAUGGUGGGAUGGGUGGGAGCAACAUAUUGGCAUGAACCCUUAGACUCUCUUCUCGACCCCUUGUCAGCAGCUUUGGGAAAAGAUUGCAUGGGCAGAUGAAAAGGUUUAAAGUUACUGGUAGAAAUGAGGUUUGGGAAUUUUCUCUAGCUCCAGCUGUUUGGUGCUUUCUGGCCCAGGGAUCUGGGAAGUGACCAAAUGGUAGCUGUUAUGAAUAAGAAUCAGUAGGAGGUAGAAUGUAAGGUAUGCGGGUCAGGACAAUGAACACUCAGCAGUGAGAGGAGGGAGGGAAAAGUUCAGUUCUGCAACUCCCUGGAGAGAUGCUGGAAGGAUCCAUGAGGUUCUGUUACUAUUCUAGGCUCAUGAUCUCUCAGGACAUCUGGGAGCAAGCUCUUUCCCUGCAAGAGUAUCUCACAAUUGGGGACAGGGGUGGAGUGGGGAGUACAAGAACUUCAGCACCACGGUCAGCACCAGUGGGUUUGGUGUUUGGGAAAUAGCAAGAAAGCCAAGGCUUGGAUUUACUUAUCUUCUUUGGAAACUGUCAGCAGUCAGCCCUUGGUGCAUCCACCAGAAAGCAGGACCAUGAGGGAGGCGGUCAGGAGAAUGGUCUUUGAUCUUGUGCCUCAUAUCCUGGCUCCCUCUCCCAGACAUCAGGGCUUAAGACAUGCCAAGGAACACCCCAACUCCAUUGCUCCAUCCACCUAACAAGCAUCCAGAGAAAAAGAAUGCUAGACUCCCCCAAGAGUGAUCUGUCUUAGCGUCCACAGUGUGUGAAUGAGGCUUUCUCUGGUUCUCCCGGUCUCACUGCGGCCGUAUCCCUCCCCUAUCUUGGGCUGCCUGUCGCUCUGCGUAAGGCACAGUGGAGAGGGACUAAUACUGCCAGGCUACAGGGAACAGACCCAAACGGGAUAUCUGGAAUGAGUUCUAACAUUCUCACUGUCUCCACAGUUGUUCCGGGCCAAUUAUUAAUAUAAGAGACUCUACAGUAUGAAACGCCCGAAACUAUACAUUCCCCUGACCCCAAACUCCGCAAUUCUAGUUCAUAAACCAUCCUGGAGACUGGGCAGACAGAGGGCAGAACCGUAGAACCUUGGAAGAUUCAUGGCUGAAAGAGCUUAGAGGCUGAGGAAGGGGUUUAUCUAGUUUAGCUUCUGUCAGCUGCUUCUCACCCCAGCUUCCCCAGCAUGCAGACAAACCCACUAAACACUGUCUCACUGGCUCAUCGUUCCUAAGACGAACUGGGAAUGAUUUCAUCUGCCACCUCCCUCCCAGGCAUAUGUACUUUUAAUAUCAGUGAUCGAGGAUUAGUUAUCUUCAUUUUUGUUUUGUUGAUGGGUAGGGAUCAGGGUCUCUCAGCAAAAAGCAAGAGAUUUGGGGGCUAGGGAUUGGCCCCCCUCACAGCUGUUGCCUCCUGCUGAGCAAAGUCCGGGCUAGAUGGGGGGAUUGUUCAAUACUCCUCUCUCAGCAUGGCCCCUGCAGCCCAUAGGUUGGAGCCUUGUCUUAGGACCCAAAGCAGCCCCAUUCCACGAGGACUUGCUUGGGCCAGCCAUGCCGUAGGUGAUUCUCAUGUCUCAGGCCAGAGGGACAGACAGGUGGACAGUCUGGCACUGCGAAUGCACCACUGGUCAGUAAGUGGGUGGCUAUUGGCGAAGUGUCCAACCAAAGAGCUAGUAAGACACUAAUCACACUAUUGAUCCUCCACCUCCCCCACCCACCCUUCACCCACAAUCAAUGGGGCAACAAAGCCCAGCAUCGAGGCAGCCAAUUAACCACCUCGAGAAUGAGCCGCCACAUGUAACAUCUUCUGCUCCAGUAGCUACAUCCAAUCAGCACAUCGAUCUAGCAUCUGGGCCGUGCUGCCCAGGGAUGGGAAACUGAGGCCCAAGGCCAGAGAAUGCCCCAGUGCACGAACUCCUGCCCAUCCAUACGAGGUUGGCCUUCUCCCAAGGAGACCUUUGCUCUGUCUGGGGUGUGAGAACACCCAGAAUUUCCCUCCCACUUGUUAUAUCUCCCAGAACCUGAUUCCUCCCCUCCUUUUGCCACUUCUCAUCGCCUCUCAUGCUUUCCUGAGCAGAGAGAGAAAACCAGAAACGCUUAUGUCUUCAUAAGUGUUUCUGAGAAGCUCAGCGAUUCUCCUCCUCCCCUCCCCUCCUCUCCUGCAGUCUU